GACUCGACGAGCGACUCAACGGAACAUAAAGGCCACACCAAAGCGCCAAUUUCAAUCGAGAUAAGGUAUUAUCCCCUCCCCUUCCUCCUCCUCCUCCUCCUCCUCCUUGGCUCUCUCUCUCUCCCUCCUUCUCUCAAUCCUCCUUUGCCCGACUCUCAGAGAGAGGGAAAGUGAAUUCACAGCAACGAAUCUUUGGUUAAACCCUCAACUACUCUAUGACUGCUCUUCAAGCCUCUCUCCUUUUCAAACCCUCACUCUCUCAUGUCUAUUUCUCCAACCGCCUUCAACUUUCCCUCUCUACUCAUCGCCGAUGCCACUCCCUCUCCACUAUCGACUCAGCUCCUCACAGGUCUCGGUUUCGCCGCCAGCGAUUCUUCUUUGCUUGCACAUUGCAUCCCGAUAGCGUGGAUUCGACCUCGGACUCGUCUUUUCUGGACGAAUCUCAAGCCGGUGACGUGAUCGAGGAGUUUCCGGCCGAGAACGUGGGGAUUGACUCGGAAGUAUCGGUUUCUGAUGUUGAGGUUGAGAGUGAGGCGAAAUCGGGAGGGAAUUUGGCAGAGAAAGGCGGUGAGGCGAGCCGUUUGCCGGUGGUGGUAUUUUUGCUAGGUUUGUGGGCCACUGCGAGGAAGGGGUUGGGGAAGUUGUUGUUGUCAGAUUGGUUCAAUUGGUGGCCGUUUUGGCGGCAGGAGAAACAGCUGGAAAGGUUGAUUGCAGAAGCGGAUGCGAAUCCGAAAGACGCAACAAAGCAAGGCGCUUUGUUGUCCGAGCUCAAUAAGCAUAGUCCUGAGGCAGUCAUCAGGCGAUUUGAGCAGAGGGAUCAUGUAGUAGACAGCAGAGGAGUUGCAGAAUAUAUUCGUGCUCUGGUGGCCACUAAUGCCAUUGCUGAUUAUCUUCCAGACGAGCAAUCAGGAAAGCCUUCCAGUCUUCCUACGUUGUUGCAAGAGUUGAAGCAGAGAGCAUCAGGAGACAUGGAUGAAUCCUUUUUAAGCCCUGGAAUAUCUGAGAAGCAACCAUUGCAUGUGGUGAUGGUUGACCCUAAAGUGUCGAACAAAUCAUCACGCUUUGCUCAAGAGCUAAUCUCAACGAUCUUGUUCACUGUUGCUGUUGGUUUAGUAUGGGUAAUUGGUGCUGCUGCACUUCAGAAGUACAUAGGUAGCUUGGGUGGAAUAGGAGCUUCAGGUGUGGGCUCAAGUUCUUCUUAUGCCCCAAAGGAGUUGAAUAAAGAGAUUAUGCCUGAAAAGAAUGUUAAAACAUUUAAGGAUGUCAAAGGCUGUGAUGAUGCUAAGCAAGAGCUUGAGGAAGUUGUGGAGUACCUAAAAAAUCCAACAAAGUUUACUCGGCUUGGAGGAAAGUUGCCUAAGGGAAUUCUUUUGACUGGAUCACCUGGAACAGGCAAAACUCUAUUGGCCAAGGCCAUUGCUGGAGAAGCUGGGGUACCCUUCUUUUACCGAGCAGGCUCUGAAUUUGAGGAGAUGUUUGUUGGUGUUGGAGCUCGCCGUGUAAGAUCCUUAUUCCAAGCAGCCAAAAAGAAGGCUCCUUGCAUCAUUUUCAUUGAUGAAAUUGAUGCUAUUGGCUCUACGCGGAAGCAAUGGGAAGGCCAUACAAAGAAAACAUUGCAUCAGUUACUUGUUGAAAUGGAUGGAUUUGAACAAAAUGAGGGCAUAAUCUUGAUGGCUGCCACAAAUUUGCCUGAUAUACUUGACCCAGCUCUGACAAGGCCUGGUAGAUUUGACAGGCAUAUUGUUGUUCCUAAUCCAGAUGUGCGGGGUCGCCAAGAGAUAUUGGAGCUUUACCUGCAAGAUAAACCUUUAUCUGACGAUGUAGAUGUAAGAGCAAUUGCUCGUGGUACACCGGGAUUCAAUGGAGCAGAUUUGGCAAAUUUGGUGAACAUUGCUGCCAUCAAGGCUGCUGUGGAAGGUGCCGAGAAGCUUACAGCAGCACAGUUGGAGUUUGCAAAGGACAGGAUAAUUAUGGGUACUGAGCGUAAAACAAUGUUCAUCUCAGAAGAGUCGAAGAAGCUUACAGCAUAUCAUGAGAGUGGGCAUGCAAUUGUUGCCUUCAAUACUGAGGGCGCACAUCCAAUUCAUAAAGCAACAAUCACGCCACGUGGAUCUGCUUUGGGAAUGGUAACGCAGCUCCCUUCAAGUGAUGAGACAUCAAUUAGCAAAAAGCAGUUGUUAGCCCGCCUUGAUGUAUGCAUGGGAGGAAGAGUAGCAGAAGAGAUUAUAUUUGGGCAGGAUCAUAUUACCACUGGAGCAAGUAGUGACCUCCAUACUGCUACAGAGCUUGCCCAGUUCAUGGUAUCAAACUGUGGGAUGAGUGAUACAAUCGGUCCCGUUCACAUCAAAGAACGACCUGGUUCAGAAAUGCAAUCACGCAUUGAUGCGGAAGUGGUGAAACUUCUACGAGAAGCGUAUGAUCGUGUAAAAGCUCUGCUAAAAAAGCAAGAGAAGGCGUUACAUGCAAUGGCCAAUGCACUGUUGGAGUAUGAGACGCUUAAUGCAGAAGAUAUCAAGCGUAUACUUCUACCCUACAGGGAAGGGCGACUGUCGGAGCAACAGCAGCCGCAGGAAGAGGAGGAGGAGCUUGCGUUGGCCUAGGCUUAGGCCCGCCGGCCUGUCUGGACGUAUCAUUAUGUAGACUAGUGGUAAGCUCUGUACAGUUCAUUCAAAAGCUCAAUGUUGCGAUUAUUUAUAUAGUAGCUUUGGAUUUUAUUUUUUUUUCUUUUUAGCUCAUUAUUCUUCUUGUUGUAACAUGUCAAAAGGGUUUCUGUAUAAGCUCCACUGGGCCAAUAUGAAAUCCAUAUUUAAUAAGGAAAAGAAAAAAAAAAACCCAUAGUGGAAACUAAUUUUGUUUGGGAGGGAAUACAUGGAGUAGUUUAUUA